GGCCGACUCCAUUUUGAAGGAAAAGGGAAAGUAGAUUGUCAAAUAAGGGAAAAGUUUUCUGGUAUAAAUGUUUAAUUACCGUAAGAAUUUAUAACCGUAUUAUGAUUAAUAACGACGUAAAUUGUUAUACGAUAAAACUUUUAUUUAGUUAUUUAAUUAGAAUUAUAAAUGAGGAUGAGAAUUUAGGUUAAACUUGCCUUUGAAAGAAGGGGCUGCGUCCAUCUAGGUGGCCGCCAUCUUGUUUGUUGAGCUGUAUUUCGAGUUUCCAUUUGGGAUGUCAAAAAGGCUCAAAACUGGAUGAAAAUGGAUGAAACUAAAAUUAUCUAUCACAUAGAUGAUGAAGAGACUCCAUAUCUUGUUAAACUACCAAUACCACCAGACAGAGUUACACUUUCAGAUUUCAAGAAUGUACUCAAUAGACCAAAUUAUAAAUUCUUCUUUAAAUCUAUGGAUGAUGAUUUUGGGGUGGUGAAAGAAGAGAUUAGUGAUGAUAAUUCCAGACUUCCUUGUUUCAAUGGAAGAGUUGUAUCAUGGUUGGUGACGGCAGAAGGCAGCAGUCUUUCGGACAGUACUUCUCAGUGUACAGAGACUAUGUCGCAAAGGUCAGAAUUAAGACUUCCUUUGGAUAGACCUGCUGGCAUUGGAGAUAGACCUUCUUCUUUUCAUGCUGCCGGAUUAGAGCAUAGGGACACUCAAGGAGACACUACUUGCACAGAAACAGAAUCAAUAAUUAGUUCUAGAAGAGAACAUGGACAUCCACAUCGUUCGGCGAAACAGAGGGAUAAACAUUAUCAUGAUGAACAUGGUCCCUGUACUUGUAAACCGCCAAUUCCCUGUGGAUGUCCUAGUGCUCGUCUUAACGGUCAUAGUAAACACAGCCACGCUCACCUUCAUCCCCAUUCCGAAAGACACCGAGGACCCGGUCACGGAUACGAGUCCUCAUCCAUGAUGACCAGCGAUAUUGAAAGCACUAGUUUUUUAGAUUCAGAAGACGAAACGACUAGCAGAAUAUCCACCACAACGGAAGAGAGCAGCGUAUCGAGAAUACACGCCAGACACAGGAGACGGAGGAAGAGACAUCGCAUGCCGCCCAUGAGCAGAACAUCGUCUAUCAGCAGUAUUACGGAUUCGACUAUGUCGCUUAAUAUCAUCACAGUAACCUUAAAUUUAGAUACAGUCAACUUUUUAGGAAUCAGUAUUGUUGGUCAAUCAAAUAAAGGGGGAGAUGGCGGUAUUUACGUUGGUUCUAUCAUGAAAGGAGGAGCAGUAGCUUUAGAUGGAAGAAUAGAACCUGGUGAUAUGAUCUUACAGGUAAACGAUAUUAAUUUCGAAAAUAUGAGUAAUGACGAUGCAGUGAGGGUAUUAAGGGAAGCCGUGCAAAAACCGGGUCCAAUCAAGUUAGUCGUGGCAAAAUGUUGGGAUCCAAAUCCCAAAGGAUACUUCACCAUCCCUCGGACGGAACCCGUAAGGCCCAUUGAUCCCAGCGCGUGGGUUGCUCAUACCGAAGCGGCUAGAGCGACAGACUACCCACUGAGACCUCCUUCUGUUAGUACCUUAACUUCAACUAGUUCUUCCAUUACCAGUUCGAUUCCGGAAUCCGAUCAAAACCGAAUUGUAAACUUAGGCCAGUUUCAAGAAAAUCCGCUGACUCUCGACAUGGACAUGGGGACGAUCGUGAAGGCGAUGGCAGCUCCCGAAUCCGGUCUAGAUAUAAGAGAUCGCAUGUGGUUGAAAAUCACCAUUCCCAAUGCAUUCAUAGGUGCCGACGUGGUCGAUUGGCUGUUCACACACGUGCAAGGCUUCCAAGACCGGCGAGAAGCAAGAAAGUAUUCUACUCAAAUGUUGAAAGCGGGCUACAUCAGACACACUGUGAACAAAAUCACCUUCUCCGAGCAGUGUUAUUAUAUCUUCGGAGAUCUGUGCAGCAAUAUGGCAGCUUUAAAAUUAAACGAAGAAGAUUCCGUUAGCGAAGCGGACAGGGACACGCUAGGGCCUCUACCGCCACCGACGGCACCACCGCCGUGGGGCACCCAGAUGCCAUAUGGCGGCAGCUAUGCCCCUCCGGCCACGGGUUUCUUUCCGAUGCCGUUCAACUACGCCAACGACACUUCCAAUUUUAAAAAUUUCAGCAUCCGCGAAGGCAGUGUUCAUAGUGGUUCGGGUGGAAGCAGCAAUGGCGGCGAUCCAUCCAAAGAAAAAGACAAAUCAGCUAGUCCGGGAGGGAGCGAUUCCGAAGCAGCUAGUCAGAGAAGCGGCGGUUGCCGCGGGAGCAGUGCCGGAGAAGGCGUGGGCAGCAGCAGCAGCGAGCAGAGCAUCAACACGACGGCCUCUCAAGAAGUGCGGCGCAUCGAUUCCGUCCCUCCAGAUCUUGCUGGUAGUAGACAGUCUUUUCGGAUGGCCAUGGGCAAUCCGUGUGAAUUCUUUGUUGACGUCAUUGGAUGAUGAUAUUUUGGAAUACCAAUACUCAGACAAAGGGAUAGUGUAAUGACCAGCCUUCCAGGGAACAGUUCGGCCAUUUCACCCUCUGCCCUAUCUGUCAACUAUUGUUGAUAACCAAGACCAGAGCUUUCACCUUCAUUGUAUGGCAACAAAAACUUAAUCCCUACUAACCAUCGUAACCGAACGGCAUAGGAUGGUUUUUAUUUUUUACAGAUAUUAUUUAAUAAAUAAAAUAAUAUUCCCAUCGCAAAACUAUGAAGAGAGAAACUAAAUAUAUCGGGAUUUCGGUGUACGUCAACCUGCGGAAACACUACGAAAUGUGAUUUUUUAUUAUUGUUAUUAUUUAAAUGUAAUCCUACAUCUAUUUUUGUGUAUGUUUUUUUAAUGCGUACCGAGCAAUAAUUUUUUUUUGUGUGUAAUUAGCAAUAUUGCAAUUUUUAACGUUCGUUUUCUUCCGUAAAAUAAUGUAAAUCGUGAUUAUUAUUAUAUAUAUAUACAUAAUUUUAUUUUUAUUUUCUAUUGUCGAUUAUGUACUGAUUGAUAUGGGGACCUUAAUAAAUAAUAAUCAAAUGUGCCAUAUUUUCAGUGGAAGAACUUUUUUCGACUUUUUAACGGGGGGAAAACAUGUACAUAGAUGUGAAUAAUUCAGUUACCGAAAUACUCCGAAUUAGCGUCGCCACGUAGUUAAUUUCUGGGAAUGGCGGACGACAAUUUUUUUUCCUGUCUUUGUUUUCUACUUGUGUAUAAGAUGGACGACGUGGCACACGGUUGAUUUAUGUCGGACGUCUCGCGAACACGAUUACUGUGUAUGGAAUUAUUUUCUGCCUCUGCGGUAAAUAUGAGCGAAAUAUUUUGUCACUCGAUUGUAAACGGCAGCUGUUGUGCAGAUCUUGUAUAUUUUUCCACUUUUUUAUUGCACGAUCGUUUAUACUUUUUCUCGAAGAGCACGACCAUCGACUCCGCUUCUAUCAGUCUCGUGACGGAUGUUAACUUAAUUAUUUACGGGGAAAUUGUAAAUGGUGUUUUUUGACUUAAUAAUAAUAAUAAUAAAUGGCUAACGAUCUU